AUGGCUUCUUCCAAGCUCCGUGCCCUCACCGUCCUCAUCAUCCUCAUCAGCAUAGCGGUCGAUGCAUCUGCAGUAGCGGUACAGGACCAAUCAGAGCAAUGUGGGGUCAAAUCAAAAGGAGCGUGCCAUGACAAAGCACAAGCACUGAAAUUGAAGCUCAUUGCUAUAGCUUCCAUUUUGGGUUUUAGCUUGAUCGGCGUCUGCCUGCCACUAUUUUCACGCUCAGUUCCGGCUCUCCAGCCAGACAAGGACUUGUUCUCCAUCGUCAAAGCUUUCGCCUCCGGUGUCAUACUCGCGACAGGGUACAUGCACGUGCUGCCCGACUCGUUUGAGUGCUUGACGUCGGUGUGUUUGCCCGAAAAGCCGUGGAAGAAGUUCCCGUUCACGACGUUCGUGGCCAUGCUUUCGGCUGUGCUGACUCUCAUGGUGGACUCAUUUUCUAUGAGCCAUUAUAGGAAAGCUUUCGCUGCAGCUACUCGCAGUGGAGAUGAGGAGAAUGCCAAAAAUGUUACCCCUCAAUUGGAACAUGUUGGUCAUGGUCAUGGUCAUGGCCACGUCCAAGACACUAAGAAUGAGGGUGGACUCAAUGGCAAGGACACACAGUUGCUGAGAUAUCGUGUUGUGGCACAGGUGUUGGAACUAGGCAUUGUGGUGCACUCAGUGGUGAUUGGGCUGUCAAUGGGGGCAUCAGACAAUCCUUGCACAAUCAGACCACUCAUUGCUGCCCUCUGUUUCCAUCAACUCUUUGAAGGAAUGGGUCUAGGUGGAUGCAUACUACAGGCUGAAUAUGGAUUGAAGAUAAAAUCAAUCAUGGUGUUCUUCUUCUCAGUCACAACACCAUUUGGUAUAGCGCUAGGAAUUGGUUUGUCAAAUGUAUACAGUGAGGACAGCCCAACAGCCCUAAUUGUGGUAGGGCUGCUGAAUGCUGCAUCUGCAGGGCUGCUGAACUACAUGGCUCUGGUGGAUCUCCUAGCAGCUGAUUUCAUGGGUCCUAAAUUGCAAGCCAAACCCAAGCUCCAAAUGUUGUCUUACCUUGCAGUUCUUUUAGGGCUAGGAGGAAUGUCAGUCAUGGCCUUGUGGGCAUAA